UCGCUAUCCUUGUGCUAUAUAACACUUUUUUCCGCUUGUAAUUUCAGAUUAAUCGAAAACAAUGAACACGUGCAACUCGUUGUCCAUUGUGUUCUGAACGCUGAUAAUUGUCGGUUGUAAUACUGUCAUUAUUUGCGCUAUUGAUGAAGGAUCCCCGAAGUAGAUUGCAAAUGUCAUUUGAAAUACAAAUUGCUUGAAAUUGGACAAUUUUGAGGAUGGUGGGAUAUCUAACAGGUACUGUCAAAUGUGGUCGUCAGUCCAGUAUCAUCCUUGGCAUCGUGUUGCCGCCAAAUGUCAUUUUUUGUCUAAUAUUCUGGAGUCUUUUCUGAUUUCAGUGUAUUUUUUGUGAUGACGGAAUGUAAGUGAAUACAUACUGGGAUUAUGACCAUUUUGAAGAAGACUGGAGAAAAGACAAGCGCGGAGGCUGAGAAAGAGAGAGAGAAAAAAUGACAGGAGGAUGUGGAGGUGUGAUCCGUGUUCAACGGGGAGUCGCACACCGACGGUCCGUCGGACCCGACCCUCGGAUUACCAAUCCGCAUCGCUCUUGGAGGGAGUGGACCAAUCAGAGAGCACCUUGGAUACAUAUUCAUGAUUCCCUGAUUCAAACCUUUGAGCGAGUUUGUGUGGAUCCACAGCAUCGUACCUAGACUUUUCACAGAGACAAACUACAUUUUCUUAUGAAUGGAAAGUGAAAAAAUCAGUUGAGCUUAAAUUGGGAUCCAUCCUUCACUCAGAUCAUAGAAGAAAACAAAAAAGCAGGGAGAGAGAGAGAGAGCGAGAGCGAGAGACAUGACCAUGUCUACAAUACCAGAGAGUCUAAACAGCCCAGUCUCAGGAAAGAGCGUGUUCAUGGAAUUUGGGCCACCAAGUCAGCAAAUGUCGCCUUCAUCUAUGACCCACGGACAUUACUCAAUGCACUGUUUACACUCCUCCGGACACCCGCAACACGACAGCGCAUACAGCCCGGCUCCGUCCUUCCCUAGAUCUCUGCCUUAUCCAUACGUCAACUCGGUCGGUAGCCAUUCCUCCAGCCCGUACCUCAGCACCGUGCAGACCUACCCAAACAACUCGGCUUUGGCGCAGACCCGAUUGGAGGACCCAGCACCGGAGUCAGAGAAAAACACCGUGGUGGAAGGAGGAGAGGUUCGUUUCAACGGGAAAGGCAAAAAGAUCCGCAAGCCCCGGACCAUAUACUCCAGUCUCCAGCUGCAGGCUCUGAACAGGCGGUUCCAGCAAACCCAGUAUCUGGCUCUGCCAGAGAGAGCCGAGCUCGCCGCAUCACUGGGGCUCACGCAAACACAGGUGAAGAUCUGGUUUCAGAACAAACGCUCCAAGUUUAAGAAACUGAUGAAGCAGGGUGGAGGAACAAUAGACACGAACGCUUUGGCUAACGGGCGCGGACUGUCCACCGGAUCUCCAUCCGUGGCGCCCGUCUGGAACACAACAGCCACCGUCAAAACGUCCACACCGACCUCUUAUAUUCCCAGUUACACCUCAUGGUAUCCCACAGCACACCAGGACACUAUGCAGCAGCCACAGCUCAUGUGAACCAGGACUGCUGAAACAACCCCGCCCCUCUGUCCACCAAUGGCCCAGUUCAGGGGACCCGACACAGGCAGUCACUCUGCGGCCUUACACACCCUGGCCCUUCGCAGCCCAGACCAGAUGUGAUCCGGAGACACUCUCUCUCUCUUUUUCACACAAAAAGACACCUGCUGACACACACUGUCCAGCGGGGACUGAACCAGGGUCGUCCGGUCGCACCGGAGAAGAAACACGUCUCUUUUUUGAAUUGAAGGGAAUGGCGGGAAAGUGGGUCAAAUCAAAGCUGCUACUCUGCCCUUUCCGUGACUCUUUUUGUUGUUGUGUAAAAAAAAAAAAAAAAUCAUGAGACUAGUCACUAAUGUAUUUCGUUUUCUUCAAAUUUGUUGUUUUCCAUAUGAAAUUUGGAGUUACCGGGUUGAACAUUACACCAAACUGCGCAUUUCUUUCCAAGAAGUGGCUAAAAUACAGUCGCUUCAGGCUUAUUCAGCGUGUAAAGACUGGGAUAAAUCACACCGUGAGCAAGUCUCCUGAUUUUCCCCAUUUUAAAGGGAAGAAAGACAUCUUUAAACAAGAUUAUUUUGUAUGUACGGCGUUUUUUUGUGUUUAUUUAAAUAUAACUUAUUUAGAUUAUGUUUUUGUUUUGAUUAUAUGUUUGUAUGUUUUAUUUAAAAAAAAAUAAAUGUUCUUUAAAUUAUGAUGUGAGGCUGCACUAUAAAACAGAAACACUUCCCUCGGAUUUGAACCUAGUUUGUAAACCCGAGUGUUUUACUUUAUUGGAUCACACAAAGAGGAGAUAACCGCGUCUAUCAUCAGCGCUGGAUGGGAAGUGUUGACAGCUCUUAAAUGUACAGAAAUAGUCGUUUUCGUUGUGUGCUGAAUAAUUUGUGCAAAAGGAUCUAAACAUGGUUGUGUUUAAUUAAAAUUCAUGUGUUUUUUUCCGUUUUACAUUGAAAAGAAAUCAUAGUUUUAUAGCCUACCGGUCAUAUUAAUUUAUUGUUUUUGUUUCAUGGAGUCUUGUAUAAUGUGUAAACACGAACAGUAAAAAUCUGCUUAUAAAAGAAGUUACAAAA